AAAGAUUGGUAACAAAAAGUCAUAAAAUCUACACCUACUUGCACCUUCACUCACCUGAAUCCUGCCUUUUUUUUCUCUCUCUCUCUCUAAACCACCCCCUCUCUCUCUUCCGUAUCCCUAUUCCAAUCACUGUUCUUUCCCCCCAUUACCAAUUCUUCUUGAUUAUGUUUCUACUUUGAUCAAUUGGGGGAAUCUCUUAUUUCCAUUUUCAUCAGUCUCUCGCAGCUGGGCUGAUAAUUUCGGGCUAAAAAUUGAAUCUUUAUCUGGGGUUUGGAGUUACUAUUAAAUGGGUAUUUGCUAUUCGUCGGCCCGUGGAAAGCGGAGCACGGGGUGGGAAACCGGCGACGAGAAGACGGAUUCCCGGCUGAAGAAGAGCAGCUCCGGCGAUUUCUCCACCUUUAUCAGUAAGUUGAGCGGCGGCGGCGCCGCCACCGCCGCCGUGGUAGCGGAGGAGAAGGCGUUGCAUCAAAUCCCGGGGCGGCUCUUCUCGAAUGGGACCAGCCGCAUCGCUAGCUUGUACACUCAGCAGGGCAAGAAAGGGACUAAUCAAGACGCCAUGAUUGUUUGGGAGAAUUUCUGCACGGGAGAGGAUUCGAGGGCGACUUUCUGUGGAGUUUUUGAUGGCCAUGGCCCUUAUGGUCACAUGGUGGCUAGGAGAGUGCGGGAUGCUCUUCCGGUUUUGCUGCGUUCUCAGUGGGAAAGUAAGGGUGAAGAUGAGCAGAAUCAUGUGCAGGAGAAUGUGGGGUUUGAAGGAAUGAGGCGAUUCGAUGACUUCAUGGAUGAGGAUGGAUGCGAAUCAGUGGAAGCAGAGGAGGUUGAGAGAGUGCCUGAGAUGCAUAUUCCACUCAAGAAUUCAAUUCUAAAGGCUUUCAAGUUGAUGGAUAAGGAACUCAAGUUGCACCCUUCUAUCGACUGCUUUUGUAGCGGUACAACUACCGUUGCCUUGAUAAAACAGGAUCUUGAUCUUAUAAUUGGGAAUGUUGGUGACUCCAGAGCAGUACUUGCAACCCGGGAUAGGGACAAUGUUUUGGCAGCUGUACAAUUAACCGUCGACUUGAAACCUAAUCUUCCAAGAGAAGCCGCAAGGAUCCAGAAAUGUAAAGGAAGAGUUUUUGCUUUGCAAGAUGAACCGGAAGUAGCACGUGUGUGGCUACCCAAUAGCGAUUCACCUGGCUUGGCCAUGGCCAGAGCGUUCGGUGAUUUCUGUCUCAAGGACUUUGGUUUAAUCUCCAUACCGGAUGUAUAUCACCACCACAUCACAGAGAGAGACGAGUUCGUCAUCCUUGCAACUGAUGGGGUGUGGGAUGUUCUUUCCAAUAAGGAAGCCGUGGACAUCGUGGCCUCAGCUCCCGGGCGUGGAACAGCCGCCAGAGCCCUCGUGGACUGCGCCACCAGAGCGUGGAGGCUCAAGUACCCAACAUCAAAGAACGACGACUGUGCUGCCGUAUGUCUGUUCCUGGAACACGUGCCUCCGACGAACGAGCUCAGACCACCCCAAAACGACGUGUCAUCUCUCGCUGAAAAGGAAAGCAAGGCUCCAGUAGAAGAAGAAACAUCCAAGGCUACCUCCGAACAGGACCUCGAUACUCCCACGAGAAAAGAGUCGAGUGAGAUAGUCCCCAUGGUGGAGGAAGUGGAGGAGAAGCGAACUGACAAGGGUGUAGGGCAGUCGAGGAGGAGCCUGGCCGAGUGCCUCUCGACUGCAGAGGACGAAGAAUGGUCAGCGCUCGAAGGCAUAACCCGAGUUAAUAGCCUUCUUAGUCUGCCCAGGUUCUUGCCCUUUGAUAGAAGAAGCACGAGUUGGAGAAAAUGGUUAUGAAAUAGGCAACUUUUGGCUUGAGAAUUUUGUAUCUUCUUACUCUGCCUAUGUCUCAAAACUCUAUAUAUUUUUAGAUACUUUUCAUUU